CCCGCCUGCAUGGGAGAACAAGACGGAGGGAGGCCUAGGAUGGCGGGAGCGGCGAGUCCCGCUUCGCAGCAGCAGCGUGGCGCAUAUCGCAUCGCCGCUUGUCUUUGGGAUUUACUUACACAAUCCUAAUGAGCUUCCCGAGUGGUCGCGUUCUCCGCAAAUAUAAAAGCAGCCGACUCACCUUGGACCCGCCAGGCGACAAACAGCAGCAGACCCAAGGCCCCCAACAUUGUGGAAAAAAAGUGAAAUAAUCAGUCGGCACGAGGUGGACAGCCAGCCAGACGCUCGGCUGGGCUGGGCUGGGCUGGGCUAAGCUGGGCUGGACGGGCGUCCGCGGAAGCGUCCUGAGGAGUUGUGGCGUCGGCCGGCGGCGGCGGCGGGGGGAAAAGUGGCGUCGGCUCCGCCCAAAGGAAUUGAGGGACAGCCGUGAGGUUAAAAGAGUAGACUCUGUUUUGGGAAUAAUCUGUUUAUCUGCUGCUCAGACGUAAUCCCGCUUCACCAUCCUGUUAGUGGAUUUCAGCCACCUUGCGACGCUCUCACUCGACACCCCGCAAAAUGGUCCCCGCGAUCCCCACGACGUCACCCUCCCUCCCCACUGCGACACUACUGCUCUUCUCAUUCCCCACAAUUGCAGCAAGUUACUUUAACGUGGGCAGAGAACAGCGGGACUUUCACGGCAACUUUUUAGACUCCCCCGAAUCUUCCUGCGACAUUCCGGCCUGCGUAUGCAACAUGUGCAAAUCAGCACCACGCAGAAGUCCCAAGUACAAGCCGUGGUUCUACUUGACCUUUUAGUCACAAUUAGUAGUCCAAGUAGUAAACGUCAUACGUUGUUUAGACAACAGUUGUCGUUCAGUGUCGGGCUAUUUUGGUACGCUGUGCGAAUGUGUAUGUGUGCGUGUGUUUGCGCUGCGACAAAAAUACAGACGCCAAUAAUCCCCUUAAUUUUCUCUCUUUAAGCUGAAGACGAAGAGCAAUGGGCGGGCCCGCGCCGUCUGGGCCGCACAAACAUUCAGUCCUGUUUGGACAACAACAACAAGGACAACACAAAGUAGGCGACAGCAUAGAGUGCUUUUUGGCCAAAGUGGGCUUGGCAGUGGCAGUGGCGGUGAUCAGGGGCAGGUCGCAGGGCGUCGACCUCCGCCGGCACAUCCAGGCUUUGUCGGCGAGGCUGAGGGAGAGCGAGCGGACGCGGAGGAGCGAAGCGGAGGAGCCGGGGCGGGGGGCCUCGCUGGUCGCCACGACGACAGCAAGCGCAGGUCAUGCUGUCAGCACGGAGAGCGAGGGCACCGCAGGCCACCACACAGGCACGCCAAAACUCUCUCAGCUUCUUUGCCGCCGCCGCCCGCUUCCUGAGCCGCUUGACCUUUGCGUGACGGUGACGACGGGGGGGAGUCACACGGCAAAGUCCUUUCUGGUGGCUCGCAUCCUGUCGGAGGUCAGCGUGCUGGCUGACAGACUGUGCCUCGCGAUCCACGAGAACGCCAGCGUGGACAAGAUUCCCGUGGACAACUACGGCCACGCGCUGCGCCUGCUGCGGAUGGCGGAGGAGCUGCUGCUGGGCGACCGGCGACCGGCGUCUUGGCCACAGCGUUUUUCUUCUAACCUUAACCCACACACGUUGGCGGCCGUCAAAGCCCGGUCCUAACUCGUACGCCACUCCUAUGUCAGCAAGGCCAGCGACGGCG